UGUCACCCUAGGACACAUUCGUUGUUUAGUGUUUCUAGUCGGACAGCUACGGGAACGGAAACUAAACAGCCACGUAGUAAAAGACGCAGGUCGUAGAAAAAAAGUGAUUCGAGUUUAAACGUGCUUAUCUGGGGCACAGACACGCUGUGGUGCAUUCUGCUUCUCCAGAUGAUGGAUUUAUAAGAAGUUGUUCCUCAGAAAAGCAAUAGCUGCAUUGUGAACGUUUAUCUUCUUAAUGGAAGUUUAUAUCAGCCAACCAGAGGUGAAGCAGAUGGAGGCCAGUGCUCUGCAGGAUCCAGUUGUGAAAUGUAAAGAGAAGGACUUCUCUACAGAAUGUGGCACACAUCUGAACCAGGACCUGGGGAAUGCAGAGAAAACAAAGACUUUUCUAAAUGGUCCUCUCAUGUCAGACGUGAUACCUAACGGACUAGCAGAUGGACUCUGUGCUAUGGGAGACACCCUAAUCAAUGGGUCCCUGCCUCCAACAGUUCCCCCCUUGAGCACCAGCUCCCCCAUCAGCUCACAGACCCAAGAUCCCUCCCCAGGUGUGGAAGCUUGUCCACCCACAAGGGUAGAGGAGUCUGAGGGGGCCAGUGCUGAGGUCACCAUUCACAAGGGUGAUGCUUUGCAGUCGCUCAAACUCAGUAUGCCUAUGCAGGAGACUGAAUUGUCCAAUCAGAAACCAUCACUGGAGAUGGAAAAUGAAGAAAAGAUUCGUCUGGAUGCUCGCCGACGUCUGGAGGAGCAGCUCAAACAGUACAGGGUACAGAGACAUAAGGAGAGGUCCCAUCGCACCUCACCCAAAAGCAGGCCUUCCAGUACUCUAGACCCAGAACUCAUGCUCCACCCUGAGGCUCUACCCCGGGCAAACACAGUCGCCAUGACCAAAGAGUAUUCCUUCCUCAGGACCAGUGUUCCGCGUGGGCCUAAACUAGGAAGUCUGGGAAUUCCACCUUCUAAGGAGAGGAAGUCUAGAUCCCCUCGCCCCAGUAAGAUUCACUCAUUGGCUGACUACAAGUCUCCUGAGAGUGAAGGUGGUGGAGGAGCGGGAGUGACUACAGCAGAAAUGGGCUACCUCCAGUCCACCAUUAGCUCUGUGUCCACACUGUCUGAAAUCAGUGACAACAUAUCAGAAGUGGAUGGCAGCGAAUUGGGCGUAAGGCCUGGAAAUGAUGGCAACGAUAGUGACAGCUCUUCUUACAGCAGCGCGUCCACCAGGGGGACGUACGGCCUGCUCUUUGCUGCAGUGGAAAGACAACGAGGCCCCUACACUGUGGAGGGAAGGGAGAUUGCUCCUGAAGCCAUGGGUCAGUUCCCGUCCUUACAAGAAGUUCUUCAGGCAGCGAGUGAGGAGCGGCACCUCCUGGAGAUGGAACAGGAAAGAGAAGGGGCGGCUGAACCUCGCAGCCGCAGGGACAGUUUCUCCAGCAGUGUUUCUUUGGAAAGUUCAGUGAUGGGUCACGAUGAAAUGCUGCAGGUGAUGAAAGAGAAAGUGAGACUGGAGGGUCAGCUAGAGUCCUUGUCAUCUGAGGCCAGUCAGGCUCUUAAGGAGAAAACGGAGCUUCAGGCCCAGCUUGCUACAGUAAAUGCCCAGCUGCAGGCUAAAAACGAAGAGGCUCAAAUCGACCACGAGAAGCAAAACGCUCUCACCACCGAGGUUGGAACGCUGCGGCAAAACUGCAGCCAGUUAGAGAAGGCCAUGUUGGAGCUCCAGAGCAGCCUGGAGAGCAAGAAUGCCAGUUUGAGUUCACUAAACAAUGACCUGAAGGUGUCUGAAGACCAGUACAACAGGCUGAUGGUGAAAGUGCAAGAGCUGCAAAACACAGCGGCUUCAAGAGACAACACAGUCCAAGAGUUGCGUCAGCAGAUGGGUGGUCUUCAGAAUCAGCUUCAGCAGGUGCAGCUGGAGCGCAGCACACUGCAGAGCCGACUGAAGACAUCUCAGGCUGAGAUCGACUCCCUCCAGCAGGUCAGGCUGUGGUACCAGCAGCAGCUGGCUGUGGCUCAGGAGGCUAGAGUGCGACUGCAAAGUGAAAUGGCUAACAUGCAGACUGGACAGAUCACUCAGAUUGGUGUGAUGGAACAUUUGAAGCUGGAAAAUGUGACACUUUCUCAUCAACUCACUGAGACCCAGCAUCGCUCCAUCAAAGAAAAAGAGCGUAUAGCCGUACAGCUGCAGAGCAUCGAGGCAGACAUGAUGACACAAGAGGCUGCUUACAAACAGAUUCAAGAUGCAAAGACUAUGGUGGAGGAUGACCUGCACCAUAAGCUGGAGGAGUUUGAAGAAGAGCAAGAGCGAUUAGUAAAACUGGCUAACACAGCCAGCACCCUGGAGAGGGAACUGGAGCAGAUAAAGUUGACCCUUUCCCAAAAGGAUGUGCAGCUGCAGUCACUUCAGAAAGAACAUCUGGAGUUGAUGCGCCAGCUGACAACAACUCAGGAGAACCUACAUACCAAAGAACAGGGCAUCAACCAGCUGGAGGCCCGGUGCAUGGAGCUCCAGACCCAGCUGGCUGAGCUGCAAGCAGACAGCAGCACCAAGGAUGAGAACAUUCAGUUUCUCCAGAAAGAGAAAAUCGUCCUGGAGGUUGCUCUGCUGGCAGCCCGCGCUGACAAGAGCCAGCUUGAUGAGGGAGCUGAGCGUCUGGGAGAAGAUGUACUGGUGGCUUCAGAUAUGCUGGAUCAGCUCAGACAGGAAGUCCAAGUCAAAGCCAGCCAGAUCGAAGCGCUACAGCAAGAGAAUAAUUCCUUAAAGAAACAAACUCAGAAAUUAAAGGAGCAGUUUCUGCAGCAAAAGGUGAUGGUGGAAGCCUACCGCCGUGAUGCCAGCUCCAAAGAUCAGCUGAUUAAUGAACUCAAAUCCACUAAAAAGCGUCUUUUAACGGAGGUGAAGGACCUGAAGCAGGAGCUGCUGGGUGUUCAAGGUGAGAAGCAGAGGGCAGAGCUGGAGCAGGCCCGGUUACAGAAGGAGGUCACAAGAGUCCAGGAGCAAAUGAGUAACAUGGAAACCCAUCUGCAAGCCAUUCAGACAGAAAGGGAUCAGCUAGAAACCCAAAUUCAGUCUCUGCAGUUCGACCAGAGCCAGCUAGCAGCAGUGACUCAAGAAAAUGAAGGCCUGCGGAAACAGGUGGAGCAACUGGAGGGUGAAGCCAAAAAAGCCAUCUCGGAGCAGAAAGUACGCAUGAAGAGGCUGGGGACGGAUUUGACCAGCACUCAGAAAGAAAUGAAAGCUAAACACAAAGCAUAUGAGAACGCUGUCGGCAUCCUAAGCAGAAGGCUCCAAGAAGCUCUGACUGAGAAGGAGACCGCAGAGGCAGAACUGGUCAAACUCCGGGCCCAGGUGUUAGAUGGAGGAAACAGCCAGGCUUUACAGGAGAAAAUCGAGCUCCUCCAAGCUGAGCUCCAGGCUGUGACAAACAACAAGACCAUGCUUGAAAAGGAGCUGCAGGAGGUGAUCACCCUCACCUCUACUGAGCUGGAGGAGUACCAAGAGAAGGUUCUGGAGCUUGAGGAUGAGCUCCAAGAGUCGCGUUGUUUCAAGAGACGGAUCAAAAAGUUGGAAGAUGCCAAUAAGAAGUUAGCACUUGAGCUGGAACAUGAAAAAGGAAAACUGGCAGGAUUAGCUCAGUCCCACAGUGCACUGCGGGAGCAUGCUAAUACUUUGGAGUCAGCCUUGGCAAAAAGGGAGGCAGAUCUUGUCCAGCUCAACUUGCAGGUUCAAGCAGUUCUUAGGCGGAAAGAGGAGGAGGACCAGCAGAUGAAGCAGAUGGUACAAACUCUACAGCUUGCUCUGGACAAAGAGAAAACCAAAGUCAAAGACCUGAAAGAACAGGUGGCAGCAGCAAAGGCCGAGGCAGCCCACAAUAGAAGGCACUACAGAGCAGCCAUGCUGGAGCUCUCAGAGGUCAAGAAAGAUUUGCAGGCCAAAGAAAACCUCAUUAAAACUCUACAGAGUGAAGCUCACAAACUGCAGGCUCAAGAUGACCAGCACACUCAGGAUGUUUCCAGGUUCCAAGAGGAGCUUGCUGAGGCUCAUGGCCAGCUCCAGAUCCUCCAGAAACAACUCGACGAGGAACUAGCUAAACAGCCUCUCACUAACCAAGAGGUGGAGGACCUGAAGUGGGAGGUGGAGCAGCGGCAGAGGGAGAUCGAGGCUCAGAAGCAGCAGAUGGAGAUGAUGGAGCAGUGUCACCAGAGGGAGCUGGACAACUUACAGACAGCUCUGCAGAACAUCAAAGUGGAGCUGGAAUCGGUGCAGGAGGAACUGAGCGGCACCAGAAAGGACAAGUUUAUGCUGCAGGCCAAAGUGGGGGAGCUGAGGAACAGCAUGAAGACGGUUCUGCUGCAGAACCAGCAGCUCAAACAGGACCUGAAGCAGAAUCGUCUUAGGAGGCAGCGUAUGGAGCUGAAGAGCGAUGGGAACCCAUCAAACCCGGUGGCACCAGUAAAGAUUCCAGACUGCCCAGUACCUGCCUCUCUUCUGGAUGAGUUGCUGAAACCAUCAACUUCUGUCUAUAAGGAACCUCUCAACAAUCUGCACAAUUGUCUCCGGCAUCUCAAGGAAGAGAUGGACAGCCUUCAGAAGCAGAUGGAGGAACACACGAUGACGGUACAUGAAUCGAUGAACUCAUGGACAGGCACAGCUGAGAGAAUGGCUGAACUAGAGCUCCAAAACAUCUCCACAUCAUCCAUAGUGGUAAACAGUUUUGUGGUGGAAAAUAAUGAAUCAGAGCAGCAACAAUCAUAACUAAAGAACUUAUCUCAGGUCAGUAGAAGAGGAGUGGGGUUUUAUCCACAAAAGGCACUUUUAAGCCCCAUGUUCCCUUUCUCUUUUCUUAACAAUGGCUGCCAACAUUUGGCAUUUUCCCCAUCAGCAUAGAAGUGCUAUUGCAGAGUAAUACUUAUACCAUAGCUUUAUUCUUUAUUUAUAUUUAUGUUAAGCAUUUGUCACAUUUAUUUAUUAAGUUAGGAAACUACUUUUGAUUUGAGUCCAAGGGCAUCAGUCGUUUUGUUUUGCAAUUCAAAAAUGCAAAUAAGAAUUUGGGAAUUAGGAUUUUUUUGUCAGUCAAGUUUCCCCUCGUAAUUUAGCAGUUUGCUUUACUAAAGUGUUACAAGUCCUCCUCACGAUGAGAUACCAUCAGUGGCAUACAUGCUACUUAUUAGUGACCAUUUUAAUUUAUAAAGUGUUUUUGGUGACAAAAACUACAUACUGUUCUUCCACUCAUUUGUGGCUGUUUACCCAUGUCACCCAUCUGUUGUUUUACUGAAGCGGGUAGGCAUGCAUACCGGUUUCUUAGUAGUUCGUAAUGAAGCUGUAUUACACCUGAACGUCAUGCACAGUGAUGCAUAAAAACUUGGGAUUGCCUCUUGCUAAAAUGCAGUGUUUAUGUUAAAAAAUGUAACCAUAUCACAUUGGGUUGAAAACUGUAAUCUGUUAUGUUUGUUUAGCAUGGACUGCAGUAAUUUGUACACAUAAAUGCCUUAAGCGAUCUUUGAUGUUCUAUCAAGGACUAACAUGGUCUGAAUGAGUGUUUUCUUUUCUAACAUUUGUUGGAGUUGUUGUGUAUGUGAGGAAAAUCUUUACUGAAGAACUUUGUCCUAAGUAAAAACAUAAACUGACAUUGCACACUAGAUGAUUGAUCAAAACCUAACAGACUGACAAAACGGGCAGUGCAUUGUUUAUUUUGUUUGUUUGGUACUAACUGUAUUUACAAAAGCAAAACAAGCUAAAAGUUAAAAAACAACAACAUUGAAUUGAUUGACUCACCCUAUGUUGGAUUGUUUCUGAGGUUAUGGUAUUGUGUUCAAUCGUUUUCAGAGGUUAAUAUAUAUAAAUAUGUUCUUUUUUUUUUGUAUAAUUGUAAAUUGAUGAUUACACAAACAAGAUAACACAAAACAUCAAUACAAACCACAUGUUGCAAACCUGACAGCUUCAGACUAGUCUGAUUGUUGAAUGGCUAUUGGAUGGUACUUUACUGCAUGCAACUGUGCUGCAGCCCUCGUGUUCCAAAGCUUGCGUUCCCCUCCAAUAUUACUGUAUGCUUGUGAAAUUUUAGAGAGGCAAUAAAUACAAAGAGAAUGGGUUAAGAUGAAAAUCACUGCUAAUUAUUUCAAAUACUCUUUUCUAAGAAUGCUUUGGAGCUGUAAAUGCAUAUAAAUACUGACCCAGUUGUACCCCUUCCUUCAAAAAUCAUUCCCGAUUGAACAUUUGUGUUGAAAUAUGUGAUUGUAUUUCAUAAAAUUGCACUACUUGUC